CAUGUCCAAGUUUCCAACGUAGAACCUUUCUUCUCAGUUCUCACGUUUCCUUGAUAUAACUUCUUCAGAGACAAAGAAAAACCAACAAGUGCACCAUCCAUAAUCAUACUGCGCUUUCUUCUCAUGGCUGUAAGAUCAUGUCUCGAUGCAUUAGCCUAUGAUGUGUUUCUCAACUUCAGAGGCUCAGACACACGCCACGGUUUUACUGGCAAUCUCUACAAAGCCCUUCAUGACAGGGGAAUCCACACUUUCAUUGAUGAUGAGGAGCUUCAGAGAGGAGAGGAAAUAACACCAGCACUUCAAAGCGCAAUUGAAAAGUCCAAGAUUGCCAUCAUUGUGCUCUCUAACAACUAUGCUUCUUCCUCAUUUUGCUUAGAUGAACUUACCUACAUCGUUGAGUGCCUUAAUAGAAAAGAUCUGUUGGUUUUACCUGUCUUUUAUAACGUUGAUCCUUCUGAUGUACGAUACCAGAAAAGUAGUUAUGGAGAAGCAUUAGCUAAGCAUGAGGAAAGGUUCGAGCAUAACAUGGAGAAGUUGCAGAAAUGGAAGAUGGCUUUGCAUCAAGUAGCUAACUUGUCUGGCUUUCAUUUCAAAUAUGGAGAUGGAUAUGAGUACCAGUUUAUUGAGAGGAUUGUUGAGUUGGUCUCUAGCAAGAUUAAUCGUGCUUCUUUACCUAUUGCGGAUUACCCCGUUGGACUAGAUUCACAAGUUUUAGAAGUAAAGAAGCUUUUGGCUGUUGAAUUUGAUAAUAGUGUCCACAUGAUAGGGAUCCAUGGAAUUGGUGGGAUAGGAAAAUCAACACUUGCUCGAGCAGUUUACAAUUCCAUCGCUGACGAUUUUGAUGGUUCAUGUUUUCUUGAAAACGUGAGAGAAAAAUCAAACAAACAUGGGUUAAAGCAUCUCCAAAGCAUCCUUGUUUCGGAAAUUCUUAGAGAUAAGAAAAUCAACUCAGCAAGUGUGGAAAAAAUAACUUCAAUGAUGCAGCAUAGGCUCCAGCAAAAGAAGGUUCUCUUGAUUCUAGAUGAUGUUGAUAAUCACCAGCAAUUGGAGGCUUUCAAACCUUAUUGGUUUGGUCCUGGCAGCAGAGUCAUCAUCACCACUAGGGACAAACAACUGCUAGCAUCUCAUGAGGUCAAAACAACAUAUGAGGUAAAGGAAUUGAAUAAGAACAAUGCUCUUCAAUUACUUACAUGGAAAGGUUUUAAAACGGAAAUAGUAGAUCCAAGUUAUGAAGAGGUAUUGAAUUGUGUAGUAACUUAUGCUUCUGGCCUUCCAUUGGCUUUGGAAAUAAUAGGGUCCAACUUGUUUGGAAAAAGUAUUAAAGAAUGGAGAUCUGCUAUCAAUCAAUAUAAAAGAAUUCCCAAUAAUCAAAUCCUAGAGAAACUUAAAGUAAGCUUUGAUGCUUUGGAGGAAGAAGAGAAGAGUGUUUUUCUUGACAUUGCUUGUUGCUUCAAAGAAUAUAAAUUGACAGAGGUUGAAGAUAUACUUCGUGCUCUUUAUGGUGACUGCAUGAAAUAUCAUGUUGGGGUGUUGAUUGAAAAAUCUCUCAUAAAGGUUAGUCAAUAUGGUACAAUUAAAUUACAUGACUUGAUUCAAGACAUGGGUCGAGAAAUUGACCGAAAAGAAUCACCGAAAGAGCCAGGGAAGCACAGGAGAUUAUGGUUAUGGAAAGAUAUAAUUCAAGUUUUAAAAGACAACACGGGAACUAGUGAAAUCGAAAUCAUAUGCCUGGAUUCUCCCAUAUUGGGCAAAGAAGAAAUAGUAGAAUGGAAUGGAAAUGCUUUCAAGAAAAUGAAUAACCUUAAAAUACUUGUUAUCAGAAAUGGAAAUUUUUCUGAAGGUCCCAAAUAUCUUCCAAACAGUUUGAGAGUACUGGAAUGGUGGAAAUACCCUUCGCAUUGUUUACCAUCUGAUUUUCAUCCAAAGGAACUUGCCAUAUGCAAGUUACCUGAUAGUUACUUUACGUCAUUUGAGUUUGAUCGCUUCUCAAAGAAGUUUGUCAGUCUAAGUGUUUUGAAUUUUGAUUGGUGCAAACAUUUAACACGGAUACCUGACCUAUAUGGUCUCCCAAAUUUGAGUGAACUCUCAUUUCAACGUUGUCAGAAUUUGAUUACAGUUCACAAUUCAAUUGGCUUUCUGCAUAAACUUAAAACAUUGAGUGCUGUUGGAUGCCGCAAGCUUAGGAGUUUUCCACCUAUCAAGUUGACCUCUCUUGAAAAACUUGAACUUUCAUUUUGUUCUAGUCUCGGGAAUUUUCCAGAAAUAUUGGGAAAGAUGGAAAACAUGAGGGAACUUAAUUUACUACACACUCCAAUAAAAGAAUUGCCACUUUCAUUUCAAAAUCUCAUUGGACUCCGAGGAUUAUGCAUGACAAACAAUGAAAUUGUUCGGUUACCAAGUAGCAUUGUCAUGAUGCCAGAACUGACUACAAUUUCGGCUUCCGGAUUGAAAGGGUGGCAAUGGCUAGAACAAGAAGAGGGUGAAGAAAAAGUGGGUUCAAUAGUAUCUUCAAAGGUAGAAUAUCUUCGGGCCUCAAAAUGCAAUUUGGAUGAUGAUUUUUUUUCAAUAGGUUUCACGAGGCUUGCUUAUGUGAAUCAACUAGACCUAUCCAACAAUAAUUUCACAGUCAUUCCUGAAUGCAUCAAACAAUGUCAACUUUUACAGAGGCUUGAUGUGAGAAAUUGCAAGCAUCUUCGGGAAAUUAGAGGGAUUCCACCAAACUUAAAAUAUUUCCUUGCAACAAACUGUGUAUCCUUGACUUCCUCCAGUAUAAGCAUGUUCCUAUAUCAGAAACUACAUGAGGCUGGAAACACUUUGUUUCAUUUGCGAGGAGGAAGGAUUACAGAGAGGUUCGAUCAUCAAAGCAAUGGACCUUCUAUUUCUUUGUGGUUUCGUAACAAAGUUCUUUGUCAUGAUAUUGCACCUUGUGAUAACUACACUACAGUUUUUAGUCCCAUUGUUCUCAUCAAUGGCAACCAAUAUUCUUUCGCUUUUGAGCUUUGUUUCUCAAUAGUCAAUGGCAAGGGGAAUGAAACAUACAUAUUGUUCUGAUCUACAGGAGAUAGAGUUCACAAACAGUCCACAUGAGGUGCCUUUUGAUAAGGUACACUCAUUUUUAUCCCUAAAUUCGGAAGAUACUGUCAUAUAAGCCUCUCAGACUAAGAAAUUGACAAAUAAAUUCUUAAAAUGUCAAAUAAGUCCUUAAAUUUAAUUAUUUAUAGUCAUUUUGGUCCUUAAAUGUAUAUCUGUAUUAUCACUUUAAUCACACAUUUUUUAAGUUUCAAACUAAUAUGAUUGUAAAUUUACACUUUUAGGAACGUAUUUAACAAUUUUUGAGUUUUAGGAACUAAUAUUGUUCUAUUUAUGAGAUUUUUCUUUAUUUAAAUUUUGAAUUUUGAAUAAAUUUUAUAUAAAUUAUUUGUUAUUGUUAUGAUUUUAUCUUUUAUAUUUUGUUUUCAGUUAUUCUAUAGAAUUUCAACAAGUAGAGUUGUUAGUAGAUGAGAUUUAUUAGAAAUUUUAAAUUCAUUGUAAGCCAAUACAUAGCAUCCUCUUCUAUGAAUUUUUAUGAUAAUUUUCCAUCUUCAAUUUUAAUUUCAAUUUUCCUGCAAGUUCCAAUUUUUCUAUAUUUUUCACAAAAUAUUUCCAAUAGCAAUAUCAAGAGCUUGCUUCCUACGGGUUGAGGAAAAUUUUUAUUGAGCGAUAAACACAAUAAGGUUGAGUGUUAAAUUGAGUGAUUUAUUGUUCAAAUAAUUUUUGGUGCAAGAAUGUCUACUUCCACCAAUUCACCUGCAAUUCCAAUGUUUAAUGGUAAAAAUUAUCAUAUUUGAGCCGUCAAGAUGAAAUUUGUUUUACGAUCUCAAGGUUUAUGGAACGUUGUAAUUUCUGAAGCUAAUCCACCAUUAUUGAGAGAAAAUCCAACCAUUGCACAAAUCAAAGCUUAUGAGGAGGAGGGACUAAAAUAAGAUAAAGCCUAUCACUUGCCUGUCAUGCAGGACUUGCAAAUCAUAUUUUCUACUAAAAUCAUGAACUUGGGAACACUUAAACAGGUGUGAACAAGAUUCAAGAUGAAUUUGAAGACAAUAACAAAGUCAAAUAUGUUAGGCUUCUCACAUUGAAGAGAGAAUUUGAAUUGAUGAACAUAAAGGAUAAUGAAUCUAUCAAAGAUUAUUCUAGCAGGUUAAUGGAUGUUGUAAACCAAAUGUAAGGUUGUCGAAAAAAUAAUGGUUUCAUGCCUAAAAAUCUGAAGUCAAGAUUUCUGUAAUUGAAGAGUCUUGCAAUUUGCAAACUCUUACAAUUAUUGAAUUGACCAGCAAGCGUCAAGCACAAGAGAAAAGAGUCUCCAUUAGAAGUGAUAAAGCUAUUGAAGGUGCCUUUUGAGUAAAGCACAAUGAAAUGAAUUUUGGAAAAUCACAAACUUUCAAUAAGAACAAAAGAAAAGUUGAACGUUCUUCGAGAAAAUGAACUUUUUUGCCUUGCUCUCAUUGCCAAAGAACCAACCAUGUUGAAAAAGAUUAUUGGUUUAAAGAUAAACCCCUUUUUCAUUGUAAUUUUUGCAAUAAAAAUGGUCAUAUUACAAAUUAAAGAAGAACCAACUUGAACAACAAUUAGGAAAAACAGGCAAACGUGAUUGAAGAAAAAAAAUUGAUGAUAAAGAUGAGUAUUUAUUUAUGGCAUUGAUGAAGGUAGUUCUAGGAAUAGGGACUAUUCGAAGAACUACAAAACUUUAGGAAUUCCAAUAGAAGAAUAGAAUCUGAAGAAUAGAAUCUGAAGAAUUGUACAUCGAAUUGAGAGAAGGAUUACAAGAAAUUGUUUUUUAAAAAUCCUCGAGCUCGGUUUAGAGCUAAUUAUUUAUAGAGGUGCAUUGCACCAACUAACUAUAACAACCAACAACGCAAAAAAUGGAAAUCAUAACUGAUGAUGUUAUUGUAUAGUAUUUGUUUGAGAGGAUAUUUUAUAAGACUUAUUUUUUAUCAGAGGAGCAUAAUAUAAUUUUAUUCACGAGUCUCUAU